AUGUCACAUGACAUUGACAUCAUUCUCAAUUAUGAACAACAAAAGAAAGCAAAGAAGAAGCGAAAAAGAAAACGAAAAUCCAAACAAAAUACGUCUUCAGAAGAAUGUGGCGAAGAUGCUACAGGUGCAGAAAAAUGCGAAACAAAUGGUAGUAGUAUAGACGAGGCCAUCCAAGACAAAAAGCCAUCAGAUAAAUCUGACCAAACAUUGCUUACAAAAGCAAGCACUAACACGGCUUCGGGAAAUCAUCGCGCUGGUUUCGAUGCAUUCAUGACAGGGUUUUCUAUGGCAACUUACUAUCAUCGGUUCAAAACGCAGGAUGCGGCUACGUUUGCUGAAGGUAUACCUGAUUUUAUAAAUAAGUUAAACUUAAGCGGCAAGGAUAUACCGUUGAAGAUUGAAAAGAGUCAGUACUGUAAGACGUCUGCCAAUCAUAAUGAAACUUGGAAGAAAGUGAUGUCAAGUACUUAGUUGCAUGCAAUUUUAUGAACUCGUUAUAUUUGCUGGUGUUAGAAGCUAAAGUUGAACUUCCCUUUAACGGAAACCGAAGGAAAAGAGCAUGGUAUCGAAUUUAUCGAUAUUAGUCUCUGUCAAGUUUUACAGGGUGUCCCAAGAAAAUGCAUGAAAAUAUCUGUGUUCCAGAUUUUUAUGCAGCUAAUUAACAGUUAUUCCACGAACUCAAGUCGAAUAUGAGCUGAUAGCCGAUGAGGCGCGUGGCGCCGAAUCGGCUAUCGCUCAUAUUCGACGAGAGUGAGUGGAAAUGUGGAAUAACUAUUUUAUUAUAUACACAAGGUCUGAAUUCACAGACUUUGCUUAAUAAUUAUUAUUAUUUGUAGGCAUCGAAAAUUCAAUCUGAGAGAUUAAUUUUGACAACAAUAUUAUUAAAAUUGUAUGAUCUAUUAUAUAGACAAGCCCAAAUAACCAUUGAAUUAUAUAUCAUAACGUAACCACUAUACGAUCGAUUCUUGCAUGCAGUGCAAAAAUUCAUCUAUAUAUGUUUGGAUUUUUGAUGCAUGCUGAAUUAGCUUGGCAAAAUUCUGGAACACUGCUAUUGUACUUUUUGGGCACUACAGGGUGUAUCAAAAUAAACGCAAUUCAUCUUUUGUGCUUAAUAACUUUCGAAAUACUAUUUCUAGUUAAACGCUUUUAGGCUUACUUCAAAGCCUGUUCUUUUCAAACAAACUAUUAUCCUUGUCUCCAAUGCUAGUAAUAAUUGCACAGGAAAAGAUUUAGUAAAACCUAUCAUUCUUAGUUGCUGUUUAAUUAUGCAAGUUUACUAUGUUAUUGUUUAGUCGGUUUAAAUGUUAGAAUUUUCUUCUUUAAACUUUAAUGCUGUCGUCAAUCGGUCACUACAUCUGGAAAACCACGUAAGAACAAAUUAAAAGUAUUUUAAAAGAGACCAGGUUGUUUGAAAAUCCUAAACGAAUGCUAAAAAUCGUCAAAACAUUCUGGUGUCUGAGCCAGAAUGUCAUCGAAUUGCGAUGUAAUGUAAACAGAAAUUAUGAGCAAGUUGAUGUCAGUCAGCUUAGAUGGUUCAAGCCAAAAUUAUAUCGCAUUUGAAGUUUCAAACUGAGUUAAAAAUAGUGGAAGAAAAGCCGUUCUUAUACUUAUUGUUACAAUCCAUUUAAUAAAAUGCAGCAUUUUUUUGUUUUAAUGAAAAAAUCAGUUAUUUUCAUGAGAACGAUUUGUUAUUCCAUCUCAAUUUUUUUAAUCUCCAAUCGCAAUAACGUAAAGUAUUAUUACCCGCGAACCAAUGAGUCAAAUUUAAGAAACAACCCACUGUUAGAAAGCUGAAUGGCUACGCUUUAAAAUGAAUGUAAACUUUAACGUUUUCGUCUAUUAUUUGUUUAGCAAUUUACAUUUCAGUCGAGGAUUGCGCUUUUUUUGAUACACCCUGUAUAUAUGUGUGUGUGUGUGUGUGUGUUAUACCCGACAACCACCGGCCAACGAACUGACAACCUUACGCUUCCGCAUCAUUUUACAGAUCCUACCUGCAGAAUUAUCUGACACCAUGACCUUACACCACGCAACAACCACCCGACUAACUGAUAACCUUACACCAUCUGACAGACCUAGCUUCCAUGCAGAACCAUCUGACGCAGUCUUACACGACACAGCAACCAUGCCACCGAACAACCUGACAUCAUCUGACAGCCCUGUUUAA